AGUCACACUGUGGCGCACUGCCGUAUACAUAUAUAUAGCGUCUCCGUUUGCGUGCCUUGGCUGCUGUACUUUUGACGGUGAGAGUACGUCUCGUGCUUCGUUUUGGACUGCCUGCGCAGCGCCUUCAACGCUGACUCAGAUAGAUAUAUAACUCCAUGAUCAGCUAUAAAUUGUAGGCAGAUUCUCCUCUUGCGAUUUCCACCCCCCCCCCGUGAAAAAGGAAAUGCCGGCAUCCAACGUGGGGUCCACCAACGCCCAACCUUCAGCGCACGCGCAACGCGAUGCAGCGCUCUCCCAGCACAGCAGCGCCGCCGCCCUUCCCUACAGCGCCUCCGGCCACCCAAACCUGUACGAUUCACUAUUGCGUCGCGAUGGCAGUCCUGCAGAGACGGCGUACCGGAGAAACCAUGCCGGUACCACCACCACCGCUGCUGCUGCUGUGGCAAGCACCUCUACCGGGACGACGAGCGAGCGGGACGACGUGACGGCACCGUCUUCCUCUGACGCGGCUUCCGCCUUGUCCCCGAGCUCGGACGCACCGAUUGCUGGUGGGACGACGGCGCACACGCGACGGCAGACGCUCUCGCAUUCUCCCUCAGCGAGUCCGAGCAAAGCCUCCACAAGCGACCAUCUACGUGGCCAUCAUCACAACAGCGGCAGCGGUGCUAACGGUGUUAGCGGACGCUCUCUGCGAGACAGUGACGGUCGGACGCAGCACCGCAGCGCCAAUGCUGACUUCUACACAGUCGUGAGCACCACCACCGCCAAGACGGGGAGCAGCACCCGCGUGGACUCUCGUGCAGCGGACGAGAAAGAAAAGGAAGGGCGAAGUGGGCGGAGCAGAGUCAGCGGCAGCAGUGGUGCUGCGCAUCUCGUCGACGACGCCGGAAACUCCGCUGGCCCGUCGGCGGCCUGCACGCUGCUUGACGGGGCGCCGCCGCCGAGCGGGCUGCGGGACCCGGUGACGCUGCUGCAGCUUCUCCCGCUCGAUCGCUUGUUGCAGCCCGCAAAUGGCACGCCACACCAUUCCCUUUCCACCGGGAAAGACGAGACGCGAACACACACGGGUCUGACGAUGGACGUCGAGCAGCGUCAAGGGGCUUCAGCGCAGACGGGUGGCUCUUGUCGGCAGUCGAGCGCAUCGUUGUCCAGCGGAUACGAUCGUGCCUUUUCGUUGCUGCGGUGUGCCGUCGAGCCGUCCUCGACGCUCAGCCGCAGCCGCAGCUGGCGCGGGUGCCGUGACCGGCUGGAUGUGACCCGGCCGCCCGACGCCACUUUUCUGCCAGUGGCUCUCCGUUGUGUGAUGGCGGAGUUGGAGCACCGCCAUCAAGUUGGCGAGCCGCCCCUGCGCGUUCAAAAGCACCCUUCCCCGUACGGCAAUCACGCACGUGCGAGUCCACAACUUGCGCAGGAGGGUACCGUCCUGCUGUGCAGUCUGGCGAACGACAUGAACUCGGCUCAGCAAGACGAACAACAAGGCGAGUCACCUCAACAAGAGGCCCAAACUCACCCGUCGGCUGAGACGCACGCGGGCGACGCUGCUGACUCCUGCGCCGUCCCCCUCGUCUUCUUCGCCGCCACGGUGGAGUGUCCGCCGGACGUACAGCGCUUCUUCCUGCUCAGCCGCACCCACGCGUAUUUGUGUGAUCCGGAUGGCACGGUGGCGUACUGCGCUGCCGUGCGCGACGUACGGCAGAUCGUAGCGUGCGCCGGUGGCUAUACGGUGUGGCGAUUCAUGCCGGACGUGGCGGUGUCGUCGAUGCUUCGGCGAAAGGCGGUGGACGCCGCUGCCUACCCAUCGAGCCCCGCAUCAUUGACACCACCGCCGGGGAACGGCAGCGGCAGCGGCAGCACCUCUCCCACCUCCGCCUUCGGCUCUCCGACCGCAGCCGCGACCGCACGAGAGAUUCGGGAUGAAAUGUCCGACUGGGUCUUCCGCAUUGUGAGUGUUGGCGGCCCACGUGCAGCGGCUGCCGCAGCGGCGGUCAGCUCCCCCGCCUCCGCCACUGACAGCGGUGACUCGCGCUUUCGCACCGCAAACUUCUCCACGUCUGUGGGCGGCGACGGAGGAGUCGCUGAGGGGCGCCAUGAUGUGAUGGUGUUCCUGUUGAACGUCAUGUGCACGCUGCGCACCCUUCCGCGGCUGUUGAUCGACACCAUGGUCAACGCAUCCACCGCUGCCUCAUCGUCAGCAGCAGCAGAGUUCGGUGGCGCGUCAUCGUCAUCGUCCUUCACGCUGGCGUCGAAUCGGCUAGCAAGCAGCAGAAGCAGCAGCGGCAACGGUGGGGCAGCGGCGUGGGACCGCUCGAAAAAUGUGCGAGGGCGAGCCGCGGACCGACUGGAUCGCAUGCACGUGGCGGGGGAUCAGCCCGCUCGUGUGCCGCUGCUGUUGGAGGGCCCUGUUGGGCACCAAACCGCCGUGAAGUUCAUCGAACAGCACUGGACAACGCGGUACGACCAGCUGCCGCCGUCGCUGCGACCACGCCGGCUCAGCCCGGCUGCGUUACGGGGCAGCAGCGGACCCAACAGCCCGCCACACGCCCCCGCUGCGUCGGCGAUGGAAGGCGGGACCGGCGCGCGUGUGUGCUACGUCGAGUCCAGUCUGCUGAUCCCCCCCAUCCCGGUGCUGGCGCUGGAGGCGUGCCUGGACGCGGAGGACGCCGUGGUGGAGCUUCUGCAGACGACCAGCGAUGCCGUGCGUGCGACGCUGUCCACGACACCCGCCAACGUGCAUGCCGCCUCCCCGGCGAAACCGCCGGCGUCGGCCAAGUGCGGCACCAUCGGCGACGAAGGACUGUUACAGCGCGUAAUCCCUCUGAAGAACCUCAGCGAUGCAGCGGCGAAGGAAAGGGCGAAGGCGGAACUCUCCCCGGCAGCGUGGGGCGUCCUCGAAGAGCUCCUGCACCGCAGUGGUGAGGGAUAUCGAGGGGGUCCAGUUAUCGUCGGCCCUGCGUUGAUGCACGAGGACAGCGCUUCGGCGACAACGCUCACGACUCCUGUCAUCUCAAACCCGGCAAACACGCGAGCGCACUCCGAAGACAGCUCGUGGCGGUCGUCAAGCCACUCUGCGGACCACCGUGCUGCUGUCCCGAGUGGGAGAGCUGCCGCUGCAACGCCGGUUGAUACCUCGUCUGGGAGCGGACGGGCGAUGCCGUCACGACGGCGCUCCACAGGCGAGUCGAGCAGACCGGCAGCCACCGAGGCUUUCAGCGAGCCGUGCCACCUCAAAACGGCGCGUCCCGCACACGGCGUGGCGAACAGAAGGGACGCCGUCGCUGCCCGGACGGCUUCCACUGCAGCGAUGAUAAGUAAGGCGAGUGUGGUCUCCAGCUCUUCCACGGUGGACACCACCGCGGAGGAGGCGCGCGAGGCACCGAUGCGGGUGCCGCAGCUGUCGCUUCCCCGGCAUUUGGCCGGCAUCGCAUCGGAAGCAGCUCCGGCCUCUGCAGACGACGACGACACCCGACCCGUCAUGCCGAAGUCUCUGACGUCUGCGCAAAUCAGCGCGAGCGGUGACAGCCACAGCAGCGGUGUGGGCAACAGCCCCAGCAAUGCGGAUGAUCCACACAAGCGAAGUGGGGGAGAGGUGGAGAAGAAUGGAGGAAUUGCGCCGGCAUCUCCGAAGGGUCGGCUGCUGCACGCCGUCUCGAACGCUGUGAGAGAAGCCCGGCUGCGACGCCCGCGUGACGCGGCAGCAUCGAGCACCACGCACUCGCCGCACACGGAUCGUCCUUCCUCGGAGGCGGAGCAUCACAGCAAGAAAGGAGGGCACGGCAAUACCGUGUCGCGUGUACCUGCUGUUGAUACUGCGCUGAAGGCGGAGGCGGAAGGCCCGCCGUCAACUCUCUCCUUGCCGAUUCCCACGGAUGCAGUGGCAGCCUUUGAACGGCGCAUCCAGCAUCGCCCCCGGCGGGAUCGCCUCCUGCUUCGUGCGCGGUACAUCAGGCAGCUCCUGCAGACUCCUCUGGGCAGCAGCAGCGGCGGAGUUCGCGGCGGCCCCAACGGGGGACGCGUGGGAGACGAAGAGCAGCGGCCUCCGCCGCAUGACGGACCCGUCGAUGCAACACGCCGGUCACGCGCUGCCCACACGGCCGCGGCUGCGCCCCUCGUGCCGGAGGAUCCAGAUCAACUUGUGGAAGAUCUGCGACGGCAACGCGUCAUUGCCGAGCUGAUGUGCAUCCAGCAGUUCGAGUCUUCUUCAUCUUCUGAUGUUGCCACCGUGCCGCCUCAUACCCCCUCUUCCUGUGCGGCGUAG